AUGGAUAUUGUGAAACAAAUAGCUACCCGGCAAGCAAAAACCCUGAACAGGUUAAGCAACUGGGGACUUUACUCAACUUUCGAUGGUUCUUACGAUCCAAGAACUACUUUCUCAGAGAAGUUGGACGAUGAACAACUUGAGUUCAUCAAGUGUGAAACCAUGACAACAAGGCUUGCCAUGUCAAGGGCUCGCCAGACCAACCGAGAUUAUGAAUCAACGUUAAUGGAAGUUCAGUUAGAGGUUGGGAUUGAGCUGGCUAAAAUCUUGGCUGAAACUAUUGAUCCUGCUUUUUCUGGAACUAAUGCUGUGAAAAUUGAAGAAGAUGGACAAGUUUGUGGGAUUUGUCAAGAAGAUAUGGAGAAAGGAGAGGAAGCUAGAACCAUGAUUUGCUGCAGCCAUAAGUUCCAUGGUUUUUGUAUUUUCGAGUGGGUUAAGAGGAAAACCAAUUGUCCUUUAUGUAGAUGUGAGAUGCUGACUAGGAAAUACUUUGAGUUUUAG